CGCAACAUGCUUCAUUCAUUCAUAUCGGCGUAUUUACAACUAGGCUAGAUUUGUUAAUGUUUGUUCAUUUUGAAAAGAAAAAACUCGGUAAAUUCGCUCACCAAAAAUGAUAUGCGAACCUGAAGACGACGACUACAGUUCUGAUGAGGACGAAGAUUAUUUACCAUCAGGAGAGGCAAGUGAAGGAGAAUCUGAAGAUGAUGAUGUAGAAGAGGAGGAAGGGUGUGAAGGUGGUGAGGUCAAGGUUCAACAGAAGUCAAAGGUCAAGAAGGGCAGAAGUAAGAGGAAACGAAGACAAACCCCAGAAAUAAAGAGGAGCAGAACAGGAGGCAUCCAACUUCCGGAGAAGGAGGGCACAGAGGGACCCGCCCAUGAGAAAGAUGCGGAGGAGGCAGUUGGGACCUUGUUCAAGGAGGAGGAGUUGAGAGCGGCCGAGAUGAGGAAAGAAGAGAAGCAGAAGCAGAAAGCUGAUGAUCUUUGGAGUAGCUUCAUGAAGGAUGUUGGCCAGAAACCCAAGGCCAAGAUGCAGUCAUCUGGCCGAGACAGCUCCAGCUCAUCGGGGGCAGCAUCAAAGCAGAUGACUUCAGGGACGAAUGGCCGGGAAACAAAACCGGAGAAAAAUGAGACGACCAGCUCAGCGGUCAAAAAGACGGUGACGGUCACCAAAGUCUUUGACUUUGCAGGCGAGGAGGUCAAAGUAACCACGGAAGUCUCUGCAGAUUCCAAGGAGGCCAAGGAGCUCUUGCAGCCGAGUCCGCCCACUAAAGACGCAGCAGCAGUCGCUGGAGUGGCUCCCCAGUCCACCUCAUCAACUGGUUCCAAAAGGCCCGGUGGUGGGUUGAGCAGCGUGCUGGGUUUGAUCAACAAGAAACCCAAGAUUAGUGUUCUUGAGAAAUCUCGCCUGGACUGGAACAACUUCACGACAAAACAGGGCAUUACUGAUGAAUUGAAGCUACACAACAAAGGCAAAGAGGGUUAUAUUGAAAAACAGAAGUUUCUAGCGCAGGCAGACCAGCGACAGUACGAGAAAGAAAGAGAUGUACGGAUGGGUUUGGACAAAAGGUGACACCAUACUACAGCACUGCAAGGCAUCAUGAUUCCUAUGGGGCAAGGAUUCCAGUUGAUCAGAGAGGACAUAUUUCCCCGAAAUGCUCCUUUUUGGGGGUAGUGGGCACCACUACACCAACAUUUCCUAGAUUUGUGUAUUACCUGCAGCCAUUAACCGUUAUCAAGGAUAAAAAGGAAAAUUGUGAUGAUAAUUUGCUCUUUUUAAAUAUUUUUCCUUCCACGUAAAAUCCUGUAACUUAAAAUCCUGUAAACUGAAAUU